AUGGAAACAAAAGUGAUUAAUUUUUUCCUUUCCUUUUUUUAUGUAUCAUUAGCCCACGCUUGGUGUUCUUCACAUCUUGCAUACAGAGCAUGUAACCGUACCUACGCAACUGAUUUAUUUCAUAUUAACGAACAAAAUGGUGUGUUUUACACUUAUUCUCCAUAUAUACAAGAUAUUACUUAUAUACACAAGGGAAUUCGAAAUUUUUCCACCCAUAUAUAUUUAUUCACUAUGGAUGGUUGCACCAAUGAUUGUAAUAUAAUCUUUAAAUUGGAAAUAGGUCAGAAUUUCUCUAGAACAUCACCAGCUGAACACAUAUGCCCCUCAUUUAAUUCAUCUCUUCCACCUACGUUUAAUGUAACGCCUGUUCCCACUUAUUUUGGUAAUAGUCCUGACCCUUAUAAUCCUGCUCCACCUGGUCUCACUCUAAACCAUUGUAAGUACGGAAUACAUAUUGAUAAUCAGCAAACUUUCAACCCUGUUAAUGAUCCUUUUGGCUGUCUUGAUGCAUUAACCUCAUCACCUCCUGGAACUCAUUUAAACCUUAUUCAAAUUGGAAAUGAUGUUGACCAUUUUUUUAAUAUGAGUAACAAUUUGAGUAAAUAUUCUCCUUCUACAAUUGUCCUAGCUAAUUCAGUAAAUAACUAUGCAAAAAUAAUAAAUUCAAUCUCUCUCGGUAUAAAGGACGGUAAUGAUCAGGUGGUAAAUAAUUUGGAUUCAAUUAAAGAUAAUAUGGCUCCUAAAGAAAAAGGUCCGAUUAGUUUUGGUGAAGCACUACAAUUAGUUUUAUUAUAUGACAUAGUUAUUAUGUCAGUGGGUGUACUAGAAGGGGUGACCGUUGGAGAAGCGACAGUAGCUGAAAGUGCGGCAGUUGCAGGAGAGUUUACUGAAGCUCCAGGAUCGAUUUUUGUUGAAGAAUCUGCUAUUGAAGCUGACCUUGAAUUUGCAAAAAUGAGUGAAGAUUUUGAAGUUGAAGCUGCAAAUGGAUUUGUAAAACCUGUUACUGUUGAUGAUGCUAUAGAGAAAACAAAAUAUUUCCUAAAUAAUGCAAUAGAUAAUAUAAAUCAAUUUCAAAGGUAUGGAACUAAAGGUAAUAUGAGAGAUUCUUUUAUUAAUUUAUUUAGAGCUGAAUUUUCUAUAGAUGAAUUUGAAGAAUUGGGUGGAUCAGAACAGAUUGCUGAUAGUUUCUGGGUUGAUAUUGAUGAAGCUAUGCAAUAUAUAAAAUCUAUAAUCAAUCCGGAUAAUUCGGUUUACAGGCCUACUCUAGGUUCUGUGGAAGCUGGGUCAGUACAAAAAAUUGAAAUGGAGCAAAAAAUUGAAAUGGUACCGGGCUCUCGUUUUUCGUCAUCAAUAAUUAGGGGAUCAUUCCGACCUGUCGAGAACAAAUAUGGUCUAGGUCUGAGUAAUAUCGGUAAAAAUCCUGGAAUUAAAAAAAGAGAUUUGAAAAAUUUUGAAAAUCUUAUAUUUGGAGGAACUUUUGAUUUAGGUAUACAAGCUAUUCAAAAAGCCAUGAGGAUUAUCGCAGAUAAUCUCGAUAAAACACCAAUGUCUACUGAUGAGUUUAAAUCUAAAGUUAAUGAUAUACUGUCUAAAAUUAACACGGAAUUUCGAAAUAUGUUAAUUACCAAAUUAAUUGGAAACCCAACGUUAUUAAAUAAUUUCCUAUCACCCAAGUUAGGUAAAACUGAAGAUUAUGGUAGAUCCGUAAUGAGUGGCCUAGUAAAGGAUUUUUCUACAGCACGUAUAAUAAGUACAGUUAUGACAUCAUAUGGUGCUGUUAUAUGUUCUAAUGAUGUUAAUGAUGUUGGAAAAGUAUGUGGAGAUUAUGAUUGCCAAUGCAAUACACCUAUUGGUGAUAACAGCUGUAUAUUUGCUGGUGGAUUUGGAAAUAUUUCUAGCACGGGAUAUGAUUAUAUAGGAUAUUCAAAUGAUGAUUUAAAUAAAAUUAAACAGUGGAGAAAUAUAUCUGACAUUUGUCAAAAUAUCAAUGGUUGGAAUUUCCCGCAUGCUGAGUGUACUGCUUCUACAUCAUGUGGUACUAAUCUCAAUCCAUUUUUUACUUGCUCCAAAUCAGCUGCUGAUUGUUCGCAAUAUGAUGAUAAUAUAUGGCCAUUACUUUUUUGGUAG